AUGUCAACAGCAACGAUAGGAAAAGUACUGGGAUGGAUAAGUUUUGUUACACUUCUUCAUUCUACGUAUUCUACUUAUGAACACCUAUCAUAUCUGAAAGUUGUUGAGAAAGUUGCAAAUAAUAUGCCUAUUGAGAUUAUAGUCGAAUGCCUCGUUUCCGUAUUAAUAUUUUCAAUUAGUAUAGUAUUAAUAGCGGGUCCUUUAAAACCUAUAUUAAUGAAAAAUGAAAUGGUGAAAAAGUCUAUCGACAAAGUUGAUACUCGCCCUUCUUUCAAUACAUUUAAUCAUCGAGGUAGAAUAAUUAAAUCUUCUUUGAAUUAA